AUGAAGCAGAAACAAAAGAGGAAACAUCUGGAAAAGAGGUCCUCUCCUCAAACUCCACAAAGAGCAAAGAAGCCAAGAGGAAGUUUCAAUCUACAAGAGAAUAUUCUGCAGUAUACACAAAUGAUACGAGCCCCAACUGGAGAUCAGAAAGAACAAGAUACUUCUUCCUCACUCAACUAUUCCUGCUUCUCAUAUGAGAAGUUCAUCAGUUCAGAGGGAUGCCCUCCAUCAUGUGGACCCUCAGGGUUGGCCCAAGGCUGUGGACAGACAACAGGGAGCUCAGAAUGCAUUUCCAUGGACAAGCACAUUCAUAAAGAAUGCCACAUGCCUCACGAGACAACUCCUAAGAAACCUAUUAUGGUCCCAGCAUGGAAUCCAGAGGCAGAAGAGAAUUCCUCUGCCUCAGUCUAUUUCUCUUGCGUCUCCUCUGCAAACAAGCUCACUCCUAUUGAGAAGGAUGCAUAUUUAGAUAAUAAACUGUCUACAUCCUCAGCACCUGUGGAAAAGGAAAGGAUCAUGAAAGUUUACUACAUGUAUGUCCGCAUGAAAAGGGGUGUAGCUGUCUUACCAGAUACAGAAGGAUUUGCUCCCCCACAAAAAAAAAUGAAGUUAAAAAAUAUAAUGUUUCCUGAGAAGAUCUACACAGAAGUCCACCCCUCUGAUGUGCUGACAAAUGAACUCCUAAGUGACAGUGAAUUCAGCUUGAACAGUGAAACCCAAGAGGAAAAGGAGGAGGCUCACAACCCCACAGACCCUAUGGUUUUUGAGGAGAGUUCCAGGGCCAAAACACCUGAAUGGUUGGUGGCACUGGACCAUGGCUACAGGUGCAUGGCCUGCUGCCGGGUCUUCCCCAACUUAGAGACCCUUCAGUAUCAUGUGGAGCAUGGGAUCAAGGAGGGAUUUAGCUGCCAUGCUUUCCAUGAGGCCUUGGCCUGCCUCAAGGACAAGAAAAAGAAAGCAAAGAGGAAGAGGAGGAAGAAGAUGAACAUAAAGUCAAAGAAAUAUAGAUCUAUGAAGGAAAAGCUCUGUGACAUGAGCAAAUCCCUAUCAACAUAA